CGUCACCAUAGAAACUACGCCUCAUCUCAGCUAAGGUCAAGUCUUUGAGCUCCGCGCGCACCACAUAUCAUGGACUGGCAGUUACUGAUUAUGGAACAGUGGCUGAUCCUGAUUGGUCGCAUCGGGCUUCGGUCAUGCCACCACGUUGACACUAUCGCGCUACGUGCAUUGGCACCGAAGGAUCUCGCAUCGGACCCCCAAGUGAAGGCCGAAGGAUAUGCAAGAUGAUAGCAGCCCAUUGAAAACCAGCAUGAAUUCGUCCUCAAAUGAAUGAGUGCUGUCUAGUUCUCGUCCCAACCACUUGUGUACCUUAGUUGUUACCCAUCCACAGCCAGAAAAAUAAAAGUGCGAAAGAGAAGAAAAUAGGAAACGAUGAAGGUUGGCUACAUCUAUGCGGCGACUUUAUCCGCAUUCUCCAUCGCUCAAGCACAAACGUCAGGUGUAUCGGAGACAACGGAGACAUCGGGGACAGCAGAAGCUUCGGUGAUAACGGACUCGACCAUAACGCCGGAUACAGCCACCCUAACAACGGACACACCAGCGCUAUCAGAAACAUCUGCUGCAAGCGAUGCAUCUGCGACCGAUGUUGCAGGCGUUACAGCAACAGAUGCUUCACUGGAUACUACCGUCGUAGAUGUGACGAACACUAUAGUCUUAGUAUCGGAGAUUCUAACUACGAUUACCUCGACCGAUAGCACUGACACUGUGUUAAUAACAACAACAAUACCAUCGACCACUUCCAACGUUGUGAUUACGAAUACUACCUCCAUAGCAAAUGCGACAAUUGGUACCACUACCGGUAACAGCAGCUCUACACGAUCAACAGCCAGCAGUGCCACACCAAUCACACUCCCUACUUCCACAGAUGCAGCGCAGUAUCUUUCUUUCGCAUUUCCUGCAGCAGCACCACAGCCAACAUGGGCUACUGGACAAUACUAUACGAUGCUAGCCAGCGUAUUAUAUAGUGUUGACAGGUCAUUUGCUCUACGAUCAGACUACCAGACCAUCAUAUCCGCCAUCGAAAGUGCCGCGGACAACGCUGGAAGCGAGGUCUCUGCUUCGGUGGAAGCAUCGGCAUGGGGUUGGGGUGUGGUUACCACCAAUGCAUGGUAUCAGACACGCGUACCCGAGCCAUUGCAGACUGAGGUAUUGGAUUAUAACAAUGCUUGGCACAGCGCAGCCUCGAGUGUACAGGCACUUGCUACUGCCACAGGCGCACAGCCGAGCAGCACGGCUGCAGCAGCUCCGAGAUGCACAGGUAUGUUGUUUGCGGGCAUUGCUGUUGGCGUGGCCGGAGCGAUCGUCGGUGCUGCGUAGCGAGUAUGGGGGUCUUAGCGCUGGGAGUUGAUCACAUGAGGUCGACCGGUAGCAAGCGGAAUCUGUGGUGCUUUUGUUUAUGCGGCCUCGGUGCAUCGGUUGUCGGAUUCAGAGAGCGUAGCGUGCUUGCUUUAGUAAUAAUACAGGCUCUCCCUUCCAACUACACUCCCUUACAUCGUGUGGUCACGCU